AUCAUGGGCUCAUACCUCUCCAUAGAAAAAGGGUGACAGUCUCGGGUUGAAUUUCGUGGGUUGCAGGUGGCUAGCAAGCUGAAGUCGACCGCAAGAUUGUCUAAACCGGGAAGAAGAGUUGAUUGCAAACAAGACUGUAGUUUGAGCCAUAAUGGAACAAGCAGUUGGUGGUGAGUCAAAGAGAGGCCAGGUCACAGGGACACGUUUGGGAAAAGACAUUUCCAAAGCUAAGAAGUGCACGGUGAUUGGAGGCUCUGGGUUCCUGGGGCAGCACAUGGUGGAACAGUUGCUGGCACGAGGCUAUGCUGUCAAUGUAUUUGAUAUCCGCCAAGGGUUUGAUAACCCCCAGGUGCAGUUCUUUAUAGGUGAUCUCUGCAGCCAACAGGACCUGUACCCAGCUCUGGAAGGUGUAAGCACAGUUUUCCACUGUGCGUCACCCUCGCCAUCCAGUGACAACAAGGAACUCUUUUAUAGAGUGAAUUUUAUUGGCACCAAGAAUGUCAUUGAAACCUGCAAAGAGGCUGGGGUUCAGAAACUCAUUUUAACCAGCAGUGCCAGUGUUGUCUUUGAGGGUGUUGACAUAAAAAAUGGAACUGAAGACCUCCCUUAUGCCAUGAAUCCCAUUGACUACUACACAGAGACCAAGAUCUUGCAGGAGAGAGUAGUACUGGAUGCCAAUGACCCUGAGAAGAAUUUUUUAACCACAGCCAUUCGUCCUCAUGGCAUUUUCGGCCCAAGGGACCCACAGUUAGUCCCCAUCCUAAUUGAUGCGGCUAGAAAGGGCAAAAUGAAGUUCAUGAUUGGAAAUGGGGAGAACCUGGUUGAUUUCACCUUUGUGGAGAACGUGGUUCAUGGACAUAUCUUGGCAGCUGAGCACCUUUCCCAAGAUCCAGCUCUGGGUGGGAAGGCAUUUCACAUUACCAACGAUGAGCCAAUCCCUUUCUGGACGUUCCUGUCCCGCAUUCUGACAGGCCUCAAUUAUGAGGCCCCCAAGUACCACAUCCCCUACUGGGUGGCCUACUACCUUGCUUUCCUGCUAUCUCUGCUGGUAAUGGUGAUCAGUCCUCUCAUCCAAAUCCAGCCGACUUUUACGCCAAUGCGGGUGGCACUGGCUGGCACAUUCCACUACUACAGUUGUGAGAAAGCCAAAAAGCUCAUUGGAUACCAGCCACUGGUCACCAUGGAUGACGCCGUGGAAAGGACUGUGCAGAGUUUUCACCACCUGCGGAAGGACAAGUGACGUGCCCCAGUGCCCUCACCAAUAACUUUUUCCUCUCUGUUCUGAUGAACCAAUAUCCUUAAGUGAGUUUCUUUUGA